UGAUUUUAAGUUAUUGAUAAAAAAACAUAAAGCUGAAGUUAAUAGUAAAAAUGGAAAUGGUAAAACAGCUUUGCACUGGGCUGCAAAAAAGGGUUAUACAUCUAUUGCUGAGACUUUGCUAAAAUACAAAGCCCAAGUUGAUACUCCUGAUAAUGAUCGCUGUACAUCAUUAUUUUAUGCAGCAAAAGCGGGUCAUGAUGAGGUUAUUAAUAUUUUGAUAAAUCAUGGAGCUGAUAUUAAUCAUGUUGAUAAGAAUGGUAAAACAGCUUUACACGAGGCUGCAUCUUAUGGUCAUCAAAACAUCAUUAAGAUUUUGCUUGAAAAAAAUGCCAAUAUUAAUGCUGUUAGUAAUAAUAAUUGGACAUUAUUACACUUUGCUGCUACUGCAGGGCAUGUAGAAGUGAUUAAAACUUUGCUAGAACAAAAAUGUAAAAUUAAUACUACAGAUAAGGAUAGUAAAACAGCAUUAGAUUUGGCUGCAGAGAAUAAGCACGUGGAGGCUGUCAAAUAUUUACUAAAAGCAGAGGCUAGUGCUGACAAAGAUUUUAAUGAGCAAUAUUUUAAUCAUAUUUAUUUUGCUGCAAAAAAAAAUUAUGUAAAUGUUGUUAAGUUACUAUUAGAAAAAGAAACUGAUAUUAAUUUAAGAUUACCUCAUACUGCAGGAAAAGAGGACAUUCAAAUUAUUAAAUUGUUGUUAGAAAAUGGAGAAAACAAUUUCGACAUCAAUGGUAGUACGCCACUACACUGGGCUGCAUUAGAAGGUCAUAAAGAAAUAGUAAAAUAUUUAAUAGAAAAAAAUGAUAGUUUAGUUAAUAUGAUUAAUGAGAAUAGCGAAACAGCAUUGCAUGAAGCUGCGUGGAAUGGACAUAGGGAGAUUGUUGAAUUUUUACUAGAUCAUGGCGCAAAUAUUAAUUUUAAAAAUAAAAAUGAUUGGAAGCCAUUACAUAUAGCUGCAAUUUCUUGUCAAAUUGAAGUUUUUAAACUUUUGAGAAAUAAAGAAGAAGAUAGUCUUCAAGUAGAUAAAAUUUUCGAUCAGUUAGACGAUGAUCAAUUAAAUAAUUAUUUCAGGUUUAAACUUACUUACAAUUCAGUUGACGUGACCCUAAAACUAGUUGAGAAGUUUCAAAGUUUAGAAAAACAAUUUAAACUAAAAAGUAUUAGUGAUAUUGAAUUUAUUUCUUUUUACCAAUUUUUUAUUAAGCGUAUUGAACAAUAUGCAGAAAAUCUUGAAAAUAAAGAAAUUAAAAUGGCACUUAGCUAUCUAUAUACAUGUACUCUUAGUAAGAUUUGCACUCUCAAAUUUCAAUUAGAAUCUAAUUUGAUUGUUAAUAUAAAUGGAUAUUUUAAAAUGAUAAAAAAAGAUAUUGAAUUAUUGAAAAACGAAGAAACACAACGUAGAGUAGAAGAAUUUAAAAAGGAGAUUAAAAUAAAAGUUGAAGAGGCAUAUAAUAUUGCUAGUAAACAAAUUAAACAUGAAAUGGAUAAUAUUAUCCAUAAAAUAGAUGAAAAAAUCAAAAUAUUAAUUAAUGAAACCAAGGAAUUAAUAGAAAAUGUCGAAGAAAAUAAACAUACUUUAGAAGAAAAGCAGAAUGAAUUAAAGAAUAAAUUAGUAUUAAGACAAACAUUAGGAAUUUUAAAAAUUGUAGGUCAAACAAUAAGUAUUGCUGGUGGCCCUAUUGGAGUGGCUGGUGAUGUAAUCAAAGGAGGAGUUAAUAUAGCUGAAGCAUUCAUUUCAGAAAAUAAUCGGAAUUCAAAUUUUGAAAUUUCUUCAGAUAUAAAAGAUUCGUUAAACAGAAUGGAAAAAAUGAUCGAAGAUGAAGAAAUUAAAAAAAAAGAAAUAAAAAUUGCAGAGCAACAAAUAAAAGAAUUAUCUCAAGAAUGUGAUAAAUAUCCAUAUUUGUCAAAUAUAAAAGGGAGUUUAAUUAAAAUUCAGAAAUCAUUAAGUAAUAUUAAUUCAACAAAAAUAAUCAAAGAAAUAAAAGUUGAAUUAGAAACAACACAGAAAAAGUUAGAAGAAUUAGAAAAGGAGAAUAAUGAAGACUCAACUAUUGAAUUAGAAGUAGUACACAAACUUAAUAUUGCAAUUAAUACUACAGAAAUGGCAAUUGAAUUGUAUAACAAAUAUCAAAAAGACAAAGAAGAAAUUGAUGCGAUAAGUAACUCGAUAAAACAAGCAGAAAAUGAUAUUAAAAAAUUAAAACGGUAUGAAGAAAAUAUUAAUAACGCUAUUGUUCCUAUGAUCAAAAGGAUGCAGGAUGAUAUUAAUAAUAUUGAAAGUAAAAUAAAUAAAAGAUCACAUGUUUUUCUUGAUGUGACCAAAUGGAAAGUGCAAUCUUCAUUAAAAGAUAUAAAACAUGAAAUUCGGCAAAUAUCUAAAGGAUUUAAGAUACAAGAAGAUGUAACACGUUAUAUGGAAAUGUUAGAUGAAGGAUUGACUACUCUUAUUAAUAUAUAUGAUCGUAUACAAGACUAUUAUGAUCAAGCAAAGCUUGUCUAUAUAGCGCAUAUUGGUUCUUCAAUAGCUGAUAAAAUAGCCGAUGAAAAAUUAGACAAUGCUGUUAAUAAACUAAAACGAGAGAUAAGGUUCAACAUUAUAUUAAGGCAUUUAAAAAGAGCUACAAAUGCAUUCAAGCAAUGGGUAUUUCCAUUUGCAAAUGUGUAUUCAGACAUAUUAAUUUCACCAGAUGAUUAUCAUUAUGACAUUGAUAUUGAUAAAAGUAUUAAUUAUAUUGAAUCGCAAAUAAAAAAUAUUCAUUCAAAAGUUCAAGAAGGCGACGUUUAUAUUAUUAAAGAUAUUGAUAAUUAUUUAAAAUAUGGUGAAUUUCAUAGUGAAAAAAUAUCCACUGAACCAUUUUUUGUAUGGGAAAAUAACAAAUAUAGCCAUGAAAUAUCAAAACUGCUAAUUGGAGAAGAAGUAACUAUAAAAGCAGAUAUAACAAAGAUCGAUUCUAAUAAAAGCAAUUCUUAUUAUAGAUAUGGCGAUAAGUUUUAUGUAAUAAGAAGUGAUAAACAACCUAUCGGAUAUGGUUUUGAAAAAAAUGAUAAAGGAGAGCCGGUUAUGUUUAAUAAUACAUAUAAGAAAAUUAAGGAAGGAGAACUAAUGCUUAGUCCUUACACUAUGUGGAAAAUAAAGCUUACACCUGCUAAAAAAAAUUAUAAUUUUAAUAAAUUUAAGAUAUAUGAAGGGAAAAUAGACCUAGAGUUGAUAGGGCGCGGGAAGUAUGUAAAUGAGAAUGAUUCUAACUUGAUGGUAGAAAACUACUACGAAGAAUAUGAAUACAAAAACCAUGAAACUAUUUGA